GGCUCCCGCUGACGCUGCGUGUUUGGUUGUUGUCUAAUAUCGAGGUCCGUCAGCGCGUCACGUGCGCAUUGUUCCGUGCUAGUCUUGUCGGAUGACUGAUCAUGAAGGCGUCGGAGCUGACUCAGUGUGCUCGGACCGUGGAGAGGCUGGCUGCAGCGGGAGAGCUCGGGGACGUGUUGACCCUGCUGGGUGACCUGCAGAGGGCCAGCGUCAGCCAGGAGCUGCUGGAGGAGACAGACGUUGUUCAGGUUCUGUACAGGGUCCUGAGGAGCUGCCGCGACGGCGCCGUGAGGCGGACGGUGAAGACUUUGUUGUCCAGGUGGAAGAGACAGUUCAGCAGAGGACGUCCUACUGCGACAUCCUCUCAACACGAGAAGCGUGGUCCUGGAGAACAGGCGGCGGACGCUGACCUGACCGCCGUCAGGUCGAAGUGUGUGCAGCUCCUGCUGGCUGCCCUGGCAGCAGACUCUCUGGACCAGACGCAGGCGGCUCAGCUGGCGGCACAGAUCGAGCUUCACAUCCACAGCAGGCACGCGACCGACCCGCUCAAGUACAAGGCCUGUGUGAGGAGCAAAGUGGCCAACCUUCGGAACACCAGGAACCACCACCUGCGACGCGGCCUGCUAGCGGCCACCAUCUCUCCUGAAGCCUUUGCCCGGAUGACGGCGGAGGAAAUGGCUUCUCCUGAGCUCCGGCAGCUCCGAAAGGAGUUCAGCUCUCAGGGCUUGAACGAGCGGCAGCUUCCCGCAGCUCCGGAGGGCGUCCAGACCCAGAAGGUGCGGUGUAAAGGAUGCAGCGGCACGGACUGCAGGGUGAGCCAGGUAUCCCGGGGAGCGCUCUUCCUGCCGUCGUGGGUGCGUCCGGAUGAUGAGGCCAUGACCUUUGUGACCUGCAGUGGCUGUGGACAGCAGUGGUACCACAGCAGCUGGGUCUGCCUCUGACCUUGACCAUGACUGUCAGACAGCCAGCAAGUGGCAAGCGCUUCUGAGAUCCGGUGGUGCGGUGGGUUCACACUGGCUGGUGUUCUGUCACGGUUGUCUGAGGCUUCAGCUCAGGCGACAGCUCGGUCUUUCAGGGUCAAGCGCCAAAAAUUUGUUCUGUUGACUACUGUUCUAAUGGUCAAGAAGAGGGUUGUGACAUUAGGUUGACAGAAUUUAUUAAAGUAUUAUCCACAGCCUGAGUGUCUGUUUACUGUUUUAUAAAAUGUUUUAUUGAUGAGAUAUGUAACAGAGAUUUGUUCCCUCCUACUCAGUGGUUAUUCAUGUUUUUAAUCCC